CCCCGCCCCGCCGCGGGAAACGCGGCCCCUCCGCCCCCUCGGCCGGGGCCGCCGCGUCCCAUCCCGUCCCUUCCCAUCCCAUCCCGGCGGAGCCGCGCCCGGAGCAGCGGGGCCGGGCCAUGGCGCGGCUGCGGGCGAUGCUGCUGCUGCCGGAGGCGAUGCCGGUCCUGCUGGUCGUGCUGGGCGCCGCGCUGCGCCCCGCCGGUGCCUUCAACCUGGACGUGGAGCGCCCGGCCGUCUACUCGGGCCCGGCGGGCAGCUACUUCGGCUUCGCCGUGGACUUCUUCGCUCCCGACCCGUCUUCGACGUAUCUCCUGGUGGGAGCUCCGAAAGCAAACACCACCCAGCAGAACAUUGUGGAAGGAGGGCAGGUGCUCAAAUGCAACUGGAACUCCAACAGGAACUGCCAGCCCAUUGUGUUUGAUGACACAGGUAACAGAGAUUUUGCUCCCAAUGAUCCGCUGGAAUUCAAGUCUCAUCAGUGGUUUGGAGCCUCUGUGAGAUCCCAAAAUGAUAAAAUUCUGGCCUGUGCCCCGCUGUACCACUGGAGAACUGAAACCAAACAAGAGAGGGAGCCCGUGGGAACGUGUUACCUGCUUGCUGGGUCCAAAUUUGUGGAAUAUGCUCCCUGCAGGUCAACAACCAUUGAUGCAGACGGGCAGGGAUUUUGUCAAGGUGGUUUUAGCAUUGACUUUACAAAGGGAGACAGGGUGCUGCUUGGAGGACCUGGAAGCUUUUACUGGCAAGGCCAGCUGAUUUCUGACCGGGUGACGGAGAUCGUGGCCAAGUACGACUCCAAGGUCUACAGCACCAAGUACGACGACCAGCUGGCAACCAGACCUGCCAGCGCUGCUUUUGAUGACAGCUACUUGGGUUACUCGGUGGCUGUUGGAGACUUCAACGGUGAUGGCAUAGAAGAUUUCGUAUCAGGAGUCCCGAGAGCAGCGAGAACUCUGGGAAUGGUGUCUAUCUACAACGGGAAGAACAUGUCUUCCAUGCACAACUUCACUGGAGAGCAGAUGGCUGCCUAUUUUGGGUAUUCGGUGGCUGCCACAGACAUCGACGGGGACAAUUAUACAGAUCUGUUUAUUGGAGCCCCCCUUUUCAUGGAUCGAGGCUCAGAUGGGAAGCUUCAGGAGGUCGGCCAGGUGUCCAUCUGCCUGCAGAGACCCUCUGGGGGCUUCCAGACCUCCAAGCUGAACGGCUUCGAGAUCUUCGCGCGCUUCGGCAGCUCCAUCGCCCCGCUGGGGGACCUGGACCAGGAUGGCUUCAACGAUAUUGCAGUGGCUGCACCCUACGGUGGAGAGGACAAGAGAGGACUUGUCUACAUCUACAACGGGAGAGCAAGUGGAUUGAAUGCAGUGCCCUCCCAGAUCCUGGAGGGGCAGUGGGCCGCUAGAACCAUGCCCCCCAGUUUCGGGUACUCGCUGAAAGGAGCCACAGACGUGGACAAAAAUGGAUAUCCAGACUUGAUUGUUGGAGCCUUCGGUGUUGACACGGCUGUUCUGUACAGGGCUAGACCAGUUAUUCGAGUAAAUGCUGCUCUGGAAGUCAGUCCAACCAUUCUGAACCCAGAAAACAAAGCCUGUUCACUGGGAGAUGUAAAAGUUUCUUGCUUCAAAGUAAAGUUCUGCUUAAAAGCGGAUGGCAAAGGAAAGCUCCCGAACUCACUCAAUUUCCAAGUGGAGCUGCUGCUGGAUAAACUCAAACAGAAGGGAGCUAUAAGGAGAGCUCUCUUUCUCCACAGCAAACAGCCCAGCCACUCCAAGAACAUGACUAUCACCAAGGGGGGCAAGAUGAACUGCGAAGAACUCGAUGCCUUCCUGAGGGAUGAAUCUGAAUUUAGAGACAAGCUAACUCCCAUUACUAUCUUCAUGGAAUACCGGCUGGAUUACAGGACAGCUGCAGAUGCCACGGGAUUGCACCCCAUCCUCAACCAGUUCACUCCUGCCAAUAUGAGCAGACAGGCACACAUUCUGCUGGAUUGUGGGGAGGAUAAUAUCUGCAAACCAAAGCUGGAGGUAUCAGUAGAAAGUGAUCAGAAGCAGAUCUAUAUUGGUGAUGACAACCCCCUGACACUCAUUGUCAGUGCUCAGAACCAGGGGGAAGGAGCCUACGAAGCGGAGCUCUUUGUCGUCGUCCCGCCCCAAGCGGAUUUCAUCGGAGUCGUGCGGAACAACGAGGCUUUAGCCAGGCUGUCCUGUGCCUUCAAAACAGAGAACGAAACUCGCAUGGUGGUUUGUGACCUGGGAAAUCCCAUGAAAGCAGGAACUAAGCUGUUAGCUGGCCUGCGUUUCAGCGUGCACCAGCAGUCUGAGAUGGACACCUCCGUGAAGUUUGACUUGCAAAUCCGAAGUUCCAACCUGUAUGACAAUCUAAGCCCAGUAGCAUUCUAUCAGGCUGACCUUGCUAUUUUAGCAGCUGUUGAAAUCAGAGGUGUGUCAUCUCCUGAUCACAUAUUCCUGCCUAUUGCAAACUGGCAGCCGAAGGAGAACCCAGAAACAGAAGAUGAUAUUGGGCCUCUGGUUCAGCACAUUUAUGAGCUGAGAAACAACGGCCCAAGCGCAUUCAGCAAGGUGAUGAUGACACUGCAGUGGCCUUACAAGUACAAGAACAACACGCUGCUCUACAUUGUCCAGUACGAAAUGGAUGGGCCCAUGAACUGCACUUCGGACAUGGAGAUCAACCCACUGAAAAUUAAGAUUUCUGCUUCUAAGGAGGACGAUAAGAACGACACCCUUGCCAGGGAAGAUGCUCGCGGCCAUCGCGUCAGCCGCAGGGAUUUGGCUGCCGCCGAAGGGGACGUGCACACCUUGGGCUGUGGAACUGCUGACUGUUUGAAGAUUGUGUGUCAAGUUGGCCACCUGGAAAGGGGAAAGAGUGCAAUAUUGUAUUUAAAAUCCCGCCUUUGGACCCAGACUUUCAUGAACAAAGAAAAUCAGAAUCACUCCUACUCCCUCAAAUCAUCUGCUUCUUUUAGUGUUAUCGAGUUCCCUUAUAAGAACCUUUCCUUUGAAGAUAUCCACAACUCCACAGUAGUUACCACAAAUAUUACCUGGGGCAUUCAACCACAGCCUAUGCCGGUGCCCGUGUGGGUUAUAAUUUUGGCUGUCCUAGCAGGGUUGCUGCUCUUGGCUGUUCUAGUGUUUGUUAUGUACAGGAUGGGCUUUUUCAAACGUGUGAGGCCACCUCAGGAAGAACAAGAAAGAGAACAACUGCAACCACACGAGAAUGGGGAGGGGACAUCAGAAGCUUAAGCAGAGUUUUAUCUGUAAGACAUUCUGAAAUUUAAAACUGCCUACGUCUUGGUUACAAAUAUUGCCUUCCCCAUCAGCAAAAAAAAAAACCCCAGAAACACUCACAGCUGCAGAGCUGCUGGCCUCGGCAUCAGCACCUGCAAAAUAAGAGCAAUAUAUUUAAAUCCUCCUUUUUGUAUUAAUCCUGUUGGUACCUGCAACUAACGCAGCUGCACUGACUGCUGUGUGGAAAGCUCACCUGGUAUGCAGUGCUUUGACUUCGCUCCCUGGGACACAGGAGACAUCCUCUUUUUCUUUGGUUGAUGUACCGACUUUCCAUGAAUUUCCACGUGGAUUCUGCAUUUGCUCUUGAAGCCAACAGCUUCCACAGGUACUUGUUGGAUGACACGUUUGGUUUUGGUUGGUUUUCGUUGGAGUACACUACAUUUCAUUUUCUAGCUGUUCAAAGUUAGUUGCACAAAAAAAUGAAUGUAGCUUGUUUUACAGAACUGGAGAAUGUUCUUUGACCCAUUAAGUCUGACGACAAUUUCUUCUCCUGCUCAGAAAAGAUGAAAUAUUCAGUGGAAUCAUUCACAGCUGAUACCUAUUCUUUACUUGCUCCCCUGCCUGCUCAGCGAUCUGUCUUGUGGUUUCCCUCUAGGCUUUACAAAUGCUGUUCUCCGGGUUUCCGACUGCGGGGAUUGAGCCUACAAACACAAACCGAGCAAUAGAAAGCUGGGGCUGAUGUCCUUUCUGUGGGACCUAGGGAAAAGAGAUCCAAAGGCUCUGCUGUGUAUUUCCACAGAGCAGGAUCCAGGUGUUGCACAGAAUUCUUGGCAGCACGGAGGCAUUCACGUUCUGCCAGGGACAACGUGUUGGAUCGUGGCUGCCAAAAACCCAUAGCCUGAGUGUCCACAGGGCAAACCUCCACGGGGUUUGAAAUGAAGUCUGUACGUUGCUUGGAUUGAGUUUCAGGUUCUGGCAGUGGAGGGAGUGCUCUGUGACAGGUUACCUGGUGGCACCCUACGGGAGCUGAUGUUGAUUCUCACAUUUUGUGGCUGGCCACGCCCAAGUGCAGGAUGGAAUAACGCAGGGACUGUUUGAACCAGGCUAUCUGCCAGCCACGUGGAUCUUGGCCACACUCACACCUGCCUCGCCUCCUGCCCUGAGAGAGCAGUCAGUGAGCUUGUCAAGCGAAGCAAAGCAGAGCUGGCAUCGUGAAAGUGUUUGGAAAGGGAAGGUUGAUUUGGCUUGUUUCGUUUCACUCAUUCGUUGUUUCAUUGGCUUGUUUCGUUUCACUCAUUCAUUGUAUGUUCCACUGCACAACAGACAUUUCAUUGCACAAGACAUUUCAUUAUGUUCAAGACAUUUCAUUACCAGAAAAGACACUAAAUGUUUUGUUUCAUUGUUGGUUUUUUUUUUAAAACUUGCCGACAGGUCAGUGGUUGAAAGGCACAGGGUUACAUCAUUCUUAGCCCAUUUCCCUCACCACUGGUGUAGUUAAAGUGAAGCCUCUUGCACUUCUGAGAGAACACAAGAAUACUGUCUAUGCACUUCAGUAGACAAGUAACUGCAAAUUAGGAGGUGGCUCAGCUUGCAGCCAUGGGUAACUGUGUUGUACAGAUCUUAGAGUGGACAUACUUAACUAUUACAAAGGUACCCUCUGUGAGAUGUUUAUAAUAUAAUUUAUUCCCCUUUGGCAAUAAGUUACAUUAUAAACUCCCUAUGUGCAGCCACAUACACAAAGGAAGUCUUCUACUGCAUUUACACCACCGAGAUCUCGAUGUAGACAAGCUCUUAAAAGGACAAAAAGUCUGGUUGGUUUGGUUUUGUACCUGGGGGUUUUUGUUCAAAGCUGCAUCUCCCCCGUGAAUACAGCAAAUCCUGCUAAACCCAGAAUUAUCUGAAAUGGACAGUUCGAUUCAAGUCUUAUUUCUGCAUCCUUUCAGAGAUUUAAAAUCCACAAAUGGAUUUUGUUGUUCAGUCCAUUCUUACUCUCUGAACCACGAUGGCAUCUGAGUCCUUAAGGAAGACAGCACAAAGUCUGUGGGGGCCAGCAUGAACACCAGAUAUAGACUUGUAUAUUUAUCCAUUUACAUGGGUUUGUUUUAGACAGUUUGUUUAGAUAUAAUUGCUUUAUUUGAAAGGCUGUAGGGCAUACUUUUGUUUUAACUGAAUCUCCAAGGCCUUCAGUGAGACCAGUGUUUUAUUUUUGCCUUUACUUUUAGCACUGUUACUAGUUUUAUAGCAAAGAACCAGGAGUGGGGCUUUAAUCCUGGCCUCAGAAUGUGUCUUUGGUAGAACAGCAUUUCACUCCCUGAACACGGGCUCGUAGUUCACACACUCUGUCAGCUGGUUAUCGAGGAGAUUGGUUUUACCUAGCCUUAAUCUUAGUAGGUUAAGAGGUUUUGAGAGACUGUCAGACAGAUUAUAGCUCUAAUUCUUACAUGUGUGCUUUCGUUACAUGUAAGCACCACGUUGACUUGAAACUUAUGGGACUACUUGCAUGUCUAGGCGUUAUAAGGAGAUUAAAACCCCCUUUUAGGAAAGCACGAUGGAGGGGUCUGGUCUCUCCAGCUCACGGGGAAGGGGCACUGUAGCAUUGUCAAUGCCAGCCCCAACUGCACCAUCAUUGCACUCUGCCAACUGGAAACUCAUUUUGCCGACUUUCAGGGUGGAAAAGGUACAUUUUAUUGGUACAACUACUGUAGCCGUGGAAAGCUCCUUCCUUUUUCGAAGUCCCAUAGAGUAGUACUCAUUUAAGGGGUUUUUAUUUCCUGCAUUCCGCUGGAGAGUAAAAGCAAACGGUUGCUUCUCCCGCGUCCGCUCAUUUCCAGCUUGGUGUAAAAACCCCACAGUAGGGUGAGUAAGUGGAGUGUCCAGGUUACUUAGUGAACAUUAGAUGCAAAAAACCCCAAAUUCAGUUUAAAGUGCUUCAGGGAGGUCUGGAACUGGAAGUUUUCCUGAGUGGGGGUGCGGGGAAUGUUUAACAGCAUGUUCUACGUUCAGCAAUAAGAUUCCAGGCUUUGUAUGGGCUCGAGGUCAGUAUAAAUAUCGUACUGACUCACAGGCCUCGAUGUAUUCUCAUAGCAAAUACUGCAGAAUGAGGUUACAUUUUUUUAGAGAAACUUUAAAAAAAUGUAUUUUGGGGUGAAAUGAAUGCCUUUGAGUCAAAAUCGAUGUGCAUAAGAUGCAUACUGGAAGCAUUUAAAAAAAUACAAGUACAGUAACAGAGAAUUAGCCUUCUUUCUGAGAGUUAUGUUUCAGAAGGAUAUUUUUAAUGAAUAUAAAAUCAACAGCUAUGUAAUUCUUUAGGCAAUAAAAACAUUUUAAAAGAGAGAUAUAUAUCUUUUAUAAUGGAAUAUGAAUUUAUAUAAGUACUCCAGUUUGCAAUUAUUGCAGCAUCUCAUGAUCAGUGAAGUGACUUGUAUUACAAAAUGCGUAUUAUCUAUAUUUGACAAUAUUUUGAAAAUGUAAAGCAAGGAACUUAAUUUAUAGGUUUACAUCUCUUUCAAGAAGCUAUGAAAUUGUGGAGAUAGCUUUUUUUUUUUUAAGUGUGACUGUAAAAUCAAGUAUGGGCUAUGUUUAUCAACAUGAUUUGAAAUCUUUGAGGAAACGUUUGUAUCAAGUUCCUAAUUUUAUUUGUCACGUUUUCCUGUUUUAAAUCUUGAUUUACAUGUUGAACUUUGAUUCACGUAGCAUUUGUGGGAACUUUAAGAAACUCUAUUAUGUGUGCUCUUUCUUUAUAAAGCAUUUAUUCCAAGGAAAUAUUUUAAAUAUUUAGUUGUUUCCAAACUCAUGUCCACACUUAAAUCAUCUUUAAGGUAGCCUGUCGCGGGUACAUUGAAAAUAUUUCGGCCACAGUGAGCAUGCUCUUGGUUUGGAAGGAUUCACGUUGCACUGACAUUUGUGCAACAUUUGGCUCUGCUGUUGGUUGCCCUGACAGUAUUUUUUGUCCUACACCCUCACAGCCACAGAGCAGCAUCACCCCGGUGACAACUGGGUCAGGUUUUGUGUUUGGUCCAGACUAACGUGAUCCUUUGUGUUCAGUGCUGCUGGCUGUCAGUGAGAGGAGGGGAGAAAAAAAAAAAAAAAAAAGGAUUUUAUAAAAGCAAAGUGGAUAUGCAAACAGCGCAAAGGUCGUGGCAGACCCUGCGUGAGCUGUGGUUUGUCCGGCUGUGAGAUGGGAAGAGCCCGCUGGUUCUCCCUCGGCAGUGGCCUCUUGUCAGGACCAAAUGGCAGCUUGGCUCGGGAUCAUGUGCUGCAUCUCGUGGAGGUGGGUGGGAUCUGAACUCCUCUGGUACUGAUUCUCGAGGUUCUGAUUCCCACACGCAGUACAGCACGAGCAGAUCUGGUUCUCUGCCCAGCUGGCCGUUUUUGUUUGCCUAAGAAGGGACGUAGCACUUGUUGGCUCACAGUGGUCUGCAAGGGCAAACAAAACCAGUGUGUGUCCAGCUGAGGUGAGAAAUGGAUGGAAUAGGAUGUUUUUGAGGUGAGAAAUGAAUGGAAUAGGAUGUUUUUGAUCGCCCACAUUGGGUGAAACACGGUGUAUAUUCUCAAGUGCAUCCAUUACUAACUCUUGGGUUAUUGAGGGCUGGCACAGUUUAGCCCAUUGUGGAAAGUUUGACUCGAGGCUACGCAACAGUGGUUUGGAAUCUGGAACGUUACUGCUGUUUCAUGUGAUUAUGGUAUUUAGGAUUUUGGUGUAUUUUUUUUUUUCCCAGUGUGUAGGAUUUUAAUGUAACCCAGGAAAUCUAACCUUUCAUGCAAUGACCUUCUCUAGAUAUGCUGCAUUAAACUUGAGCAACCUGACUCUUGGGCUUUUGCAAAAGUGAUUGAAGAUUUAACGUAGCAUUUGAAUCUUCAAAGAACUUGGACAGGUUUUACUUUUCUAGUCCGUGAAGGAAACCCCUGUUUCCUAUUAUACAGAUAUAACGUUUUAUUUCUUUGUAAUGGAAUUAUUUUGCCUUUCUUUUUUUUGUUUGUUUGUUUGUUUGUGCAUUAAAUCAGAAGAGCAUUGUUUGCACAAGCAGGAAUUUAACACACUAACAAUUAGAGUGCUGCAUUUUGUGUUCCUUAGGCAUGUAGUAAAUAGUUGUAAAAUAAAUGGGAAUAUUUUCAGUUCCUCUGAACUUGUUUCCAAGGUCUUCGGUACAUUUAAGGAGAGCAAUACACCUUUGAAGUCACCUUAUUUUGUAUUAAAUUAUAAAGUGUGAAAAAAAAAAAUGGGUAUUGUGGCACUGUAAUUUUGUACUGGUAUGAAAUAUAUAGCUGUUAAGCUAUGGUUUUUCCUUUCAACCCAUUUGUUUCAUCCUAAUGCAAAUUUGAUUGUUUUUAUUAGGUUGUAUUUUUCUACGUAUGUAUACAGUUUCCAAAUGUUGUGAUUGGGUAAAUUGCAAAAUGCAAGCAUUGACUUGAUUCUGAUAUUUAGAGUUUUGGAAUAAAAUACCUCUUAAUCAACAGGAA